GAAGAAGAAGAACGCAUUCACGAAGAAGCGUUCCUCAUCCUCAACUCGUCUGUUUCCGUCCUAAAUUGUUAAGGAAACCCUAGCGUUCGUUCCUGAACGCACCCCAGAUUUAAGUUGUUGUAGCAACGAGAUAAGCCAUGCUUGUAGUUGAAGCGUCUGUCGUUUCUAGUCCUAGCCACAGUUGUUUCAAUUCAUGGUAAAUACAUCAUCAAAUGUAGCUAGUUUUUGGAUCCAAAUAUUGACUAACGAGUUGAACAACGUCGUAUGUCCUGUAUUGCGUACAUUAGCUAACACUAUCAAGUGCUGAUACAGGCACAUCUUUGCCGGAGUAAUGUCUGCAGUCAGUAGCCUGGUCCCAGCUCGAUUCCUGACUCUCACUGCCCACCUCGUCAUCGUCAUCACCAUUUUCUGGUCACGGGAGAACAAUGUUGAAGCUUGCCUGCCUUUGGAUUUCACACAGGAGCAAUAUGACAAGGAGGACACCAAGUUGGUGGUAGCAUUGUCAGUGACCAUGGGUCUGUUUGCUAUAGAGCUGGCUGGCUUCUUCUCUGGUGUGUCUAUGUUCAACUGCAGCCAGGGCCUCCUCUCGUUGGCUGCCCACUGCAGCGCAUCCGUCUCCCUGUCUUUCUUUGUCUUCCAGAGAUGGGAGUGUUGGACAUACUGGGUUAUUUUUGCCUUCUGCAGUGUUCUCCCUGCGUUUGUGGAGAUCCUUCUCUUCAUCGCAGUAUUCGGACUGAAGAAGAAGCCACUAUAACCGAGAGCAGCGUUUCACAUCGAUGUUCGGUCUGGGAUGUAGUGUCCAUCCUUCCCAGCACUUGUACACAACUGUCCAAGUGUGUGACUGCUCAAUAGUGUCAAGGAGAUAUGGUGGAUGUUAGUGAUUUUGAUGGUGAUCGUAGUGACAAAGACAAAAGAGCUGGUUAAGAUAUGGGCUAUGUGUGUGGCCUAGGGUGGUCUAGUGGUCUAAGCUGCAGCAUCCGACACACGUCUACGGUGACUGCAUAGGUUCAAAUCUGGCCUACUGACUUUGACACAAUCUUUCUCUAUCUUUACCCACAGUCAUCCUCUAUCUAUCCACCAAUAAAGUCAGAAAAUACCUUUAAAGAAUAUAUAUUUUUAAAGAUAUGGGCUGUGUUUCCGGAUUCAAUGGUUGGGUGGACUGUGGACAUUGUAGAUGGAAACAGAGCUACUGUAUGUACCAAUGCAGAGAGGACGAUUUCUAAAAACUCCAGCGUAUUGAUCCUGAUUACUAUGCUGAAUGUAUACACAAGUAAACAUAAUUCUCUUCAACAUGUUAAAUAGUGCUGUGUAUCAUAGGAUUUUAGUACCACCUUUUUAAAACGUUUACUUUUGAACACAUUUUUUAAAAUCAAGGUGUAGCUAUUCGUUUGUUUUGCAUUUCAUUGUACAGACACUUGUAAACCAUUUCUUCCUUUUAAGAUGCUUUUUAAAUUAAUCUAAAAUGUGGUGAUAUCUGAUGGUAGCUACACCCCUGUAUGUCAAAGUGUUUACAUUUUUUUUAACGAUUAAAAUAUUUUAUCUGUGUAAUCUAGGAUUUCUUUCAUAAAUCCCCUUU